GCUAAGCGGCUAAAAAAUCGCUGGGGACAUCGCUAAACUGUUGUUGCUUUCAAAUGCAAAUUUUCAGGGAGCAGCGAAACUCACUACCGGGCAGAGCAGUGGUGUAGAAAAAGCAGUUUAAAUGGAAAUUAUAAUAAAAUAAGCAUCCCUAUAUAAACUUGAAACCACUGACCGAAGCAUAUCACUGUUGAACUAAGCGGCUAAAAACAAAGCCGCUUGAACCUCACUAAAUCACAAAGGACGAAUCCGUUUAUCUUCGUCCAAGUGUGCUCAUUCAUUGGGCAACCAUUCCAACCUAACCUAAACUCACUAAACAGUUGUUACUUUUAAAUACAAAUUUUUCAGUGAGCAAUGAGACUUACUACCGAGCAGAGAAAUUGUGUUUCCCAUAAAGUACAGCAGUUUAAGUUUCAUUCCAUUAAGCACAAACAAAUUUAUUUGCACAGUUUUUUCAAACUUCUCAUAAAAAACGUCCCGUCAAUUGGGCAACGCUUAUUGGAAACAAACACACUCAAAUCUAAGCGAUCAGCUCUGCGAGCGGAUGUGAGUAUCGUCAACCAACUCUCCCUAUUGCAUUAACGGUUCGUACAACUCAAAACUGCACAACUUCCGAUGGCGGCACUUGCGAGCGAUUCUGUUUGGACUGUUUGCGUUUGUGCGCUCACUGCUUGGAAUUAUGGAUAUCGAAUUUUCAGUUGAUUAUGAGACCGUAUUGUGAUCAUACGUGUGUGAGACGAGAGAUGGUUUAAUUGUGAAUAUUACAACCAUUGUGAAUUUGAAAAUGGAGUAAUAAAACAGCAAUCGGAGACUGUAAAUACCGUGAAAUGGGAUUUUGUGUAAAUGAAAUGAAAUAUUUUGAAUUUUCAAUUGAAAUAAAAACUAGUGAAAUGCUAUAAAGUGAUAGUAAAGUGUGUGAGAAAAGCUAAAAAAAAUUUAAGAAAAGUAACUAACUGGCUACACUGUUUUGUGCCUUGUGCCUUCGCCAGUCGAUUUGGCUGCUGCAAAACGCAAAUAAAAAUGCAAUUGCAGAUAAAUAAAUACAAGUGUGAAGUCAGCGUAAAACGUGUUUGAAAUUCCACGCUUACAAUAAAAAAAAAAUAAAAAUAAAAAAAAAAGCAACAGCAGAAAGUGAAUUGCCGCGAUAAAAGAAAGCCAAAGAUAAAAAAAAUUAAGAAUUACACGGAACUGAUAAAAAAAUGUAGGAAAAGCACUAUAAAAUGCAGUAGCAUGCAGAAGAUGGAUAUGAAAAGUGCAACGGAAUAGUGCAGGAAUAGAAAAAGCUGAAAUAAAAACGGAGAAAAACGGCAGUGAAGCUGCAAGCAGAAGCUGAAAGGCGCAUUUGAGUUUUUAUUUGGAGUUUCAUUUGGCUGAGUAAAUGGAAUUUGAAGAAUUUUUGGAAUGAAAAAAAAUUUGCAUAACUUCUGGAUAAAGCUUUAUGAGAUAUUGACAAAAGAAUAAAAAAAUAAAAAAAGAACAAAAAUAAAAAUAAAAAUAAGGCUUUAUUAGGUAUUGAUGAAAAAAUAAAAAACAACAAAAAUAAAAAUAAGGCUUUAUAUAUUGACAAAAAACAACAAAAACAAAAAAAUUGUGCAAAAGCUGGUGAAGUGCAAAGAUUUACGUGAAACCAAAAAUUGUAUGUGAGAAAAAUUUUAAAGCAGCGGAUUUUCGCUUAACGUGGCUUAAUUUGAAAAUCGAGUGAAAGAAUUUUUAAUUAGCACAAAUUCUAUUUUUUGAAAAUAAAAUACGUAAGAAAUUGUAAAUUUCGCACGGAAGCAUUUUUAAGCAGCGCAAGUUCGUCUAUAUCUUUUUAUUCAUAAAAUGUUACAAAAAAUUAAAAAGUCAUGCUUGAAAAAUAUUUUCUAAGCUAAAACUUGUGAAGUUUUUAUAAAUAAAAACCUUUGUGAUAGUGAAAUUGCCAUUGAAACAAUGCUGCAAAUUUAGAACUUGUACAAAUUUAACAAAAUCCAUUAACAAUCAAUCAAAGUGUUCAAACAAAAGCCAUCCAACAUUUUUGUUUUAGUUGUGCCCUGUACCUUUAGCCCAAAAGCACAGUUUAUCUGCCGCCAAAGCUCCAGUUCAAGUAUUUUUAGUCACACUCAAGAGCGCCAAGCGUAAAGCAUGACUGCCCUUUGCCAUAGCCAUAAACGCACCUGAAAAAACGCCACACACCGCAACACUACUCCUGCAACAUACAGUUCCAUAAAAAUGUUGCAAGCCAUUGAAACAACGCCACAAAAAUACACCGCAAAUACGCAAGCCAACACGCCUUCCAGCGCCAGUGCCAGUAAGGCGCACGCCACACCGGUCACACCCUCUUCUACAGCAAAUAACCAAAGUCAAAGCGCCAGCGCUGAGGAGAAGCAACAGCGUCGACGUUCUACAUUCUACGUGCCGCUUGUUAUCGAAGACGACGACGACGACGGCCAGCCUCUGCGGCAGUCGAGCGAGUUGUCGGGUAGCAGCAGUCUGGUGCACACAGCCGGCAGCGGCGACACCAGCAGCCUCGGCGGACAAUCGAGCACAUCAAAUACAAGCUCGAGCACAGCGCAUGAGCGCAAGAGUACGUCGAGUAGCAGCAGCGUUAGCGGUACUGGGAGCAGAAGUAAAGCCGAGAAGAAUAGCAACAAUAACAAUUUGAAGAAGUCCACUUCGCUGAAGAACGCAAGCGCCACAUCGAAGGUGGCCGCUUUGCUCUUCGAACGCACCAACAGCACAUUGGGCUUCGGCGGAGGCAGCUGCAAUAGCAGCAGCAGCAACUCCAAAAAUUCCAGCUCAGCUGGUAGUGGCGUAGUGAAGCGUAGCAGCGCAAAAAAAAUGUCACCACCCUGUGGCUUUAAUUGGACAAUGAGUGGCGCCACAGUCGACACGGAUUUGGAUGACGAGAGUGACGCAGCUGGCAAGAUUGCCGCCACAGCAGCCACGCCUACCAAGAAACCUGAGAAGGAGAAGACAAAGCUGAGCCGGCUGUCGCAAAAGCCAGAGAAGCGGCACAGCAGCAGCUCGAACAGUAAAAGCUCGGUGACCAGCACCGCCACAACGUCAACGUGCGCGCCAAUGACCAAGCAACAGGCACAGUCGACGCAAAAAGCAAAUGUCAACGCCAAAACAAAACGUUAUGGCAUUGUGUUGAAUGGCAUAAGCUUGGACGACGAACAUUUGCAUAUCGCACAGGCGACGACAACAAAACAAACUACCCCAACAAAAACCUGCAGUAAUUUGGUGGAGUUCCAUGAGGAUGAUAUUGUGCCGGCGACCCCCUCUAAACAGGCGCGUACCUCUAAAACUCCAACAACUACAAGUAAACAAAUAAAUAGCAAUAGAAAAAAUACGAUUGAGAACAAAGUAACAACAAUACAUGGAAAACGUGUUGGCGUUUGGGGUAGCGGCGACAUGCACGAUUCGGAUAUCGACGCUGCUGACGACGAAUCGCCAACGCCGCAUUCGGAUAUGGAGUCCGAUGACAAUCGCAACGACGGCGACGACGACGAUGAUGACGAUGACUCAGAGAUAAGUCGCAUACAAACGAACACUUCUACACCUAUAAAAAUGAUGAAAUCACGUUCGCGCACGAAUAUCUUAUCGGUGCCUAGUGUGGAACAACACAAUCUAUUGAGCGUAGCAGCUGCCGCUGCCAAACCUAACGCGCACACAACGCCACUGCUAUUGCGCGCCAAGUCCAAAACGCUCCCACAAAAUCUAUCACCUUCAGUUGUUUUGCAACAGCCGGAGGCAUUGUAUGGUGAUUGCGAUAAAUCGAAGACGAAAACGAAAGCGUCGAGUGGUACAGAUAGCACGAAUACGUCGCGCACCUCGCGCCUAAUCGGACCACUUAGUAAAGUACAUCAUAAUCUAUUUGGUGGUAGUGUUGCUAGUCAUAUUGGCGCUACCAGUACAACUACCAACGCUACGAGCGCUGCUAGUAAAAGUGUCGUCGCAACAGGUCACAACAAACUCGCGCACAGUUCGUCCACAUCACUGAUCACGCACAAUUUUCCACCCAAACACCUAUUCCUAUUGAAGUCCACCUCAAAAUUGCCUAUAAGCAAUUCGAAUGGUGCGUCGUCGAGCCUAGAACAUAACAAAUCCAAAGCCACCAAGAGUUUCAGUUCGGACACAUCAAUUACCUCACCACCGACAUCACUGGCGAACGCGAGUGCAGUACAACCGCAGGCGGUGACGUCACCACCCAAGAAAUCGUUGAGUUUUAUACGGCGCGCGCACUCAACAAAGUUAUCGCGCAAUAAUUCGCUACUCAAGUCGAUAGCCAGUCAACAUCAACAAAAUAUACAACAGACGUCGGGCAAUAUGGGCGGCGGCAAUUGGAUAGUCGACUGCUCGGGUAGUUGGGGUAAGGAUUUCUAUUUAAAUUACGAUGUCUGUCCAUUAGCAUUGGACGAACUAGAAUCGUAUUUUCGUUCGGAACGCUGCACCACAUUGAUACGUGAACGCUUCAAAAUUUCGGAUAUACCAUUGAAUUGCUCAGCGGCAGAUGAGUUGCAUCAUCAACCGGAGAGCUCGUUGCGAGAGCUCGACACGAGUUGUAACAGUCAGCAGCAAUUGCGGGAGUUUGGCACGUCAGAGACCGCCAGCGGAACGGCAGAGGAGGAUGAUACAGGACAUCAUUCGGGUAAGCUCACUUAAAAUCACUUAUUGAACUCAUAUAUGGAAAUAUUUGUAAGUACCUUUGGGUAAAUAAUUCCUUCAAUACGAACGCACGUACAUUUUUUUAAACGAUAAAAAAAAAAUCUGAAAAAAUUUUAAUUUUCGAAAAACGGAAGGUGAACUGGUUCUGCUCAAAUGAAUGAGAGCUUAUAUGGCUGACAGUAUGUGCAGCUCUGCUAGUAGACACGGCGUAUACUGGGUGCUAGUGAAUUGGAUUCGUUAGAUGAUGGUCCAAGGAAUCGUCUCGGUGCGAGCAGAGGAAGAUCUGCUGGUGUUAUCCGGGGUUAAUAAAGGUUGCCCCCAAGGCGGUGUGCUAUCUCCAUUGCUCUGGUGCAUGGUAAUCGAUCCUCUACUCACCACCUUAAACGAUUUGGGAGUCUACGCACAAGCAUAUGCGGACGAUGUUGCUUGUUUGGUAACAGACCCUUCGCUUAUGAACAACUGGAGAAAGGUGCAAAAAACUGUGGAUAUAAUUGACAUUUGGUGCUGUGCGAAUGGGCUAUCGGCAAAUUCCACCAAGACUGGCAUUGUCCUCUUCACCAGACGGAGGCAGACGUUCUGUCUAAGCUAAAAGGAGUCACAAUCCAGCUAUCCACGGAAAUGAAAUAUCUUGGAGUAAUCCUCGAUAGUAAACUUCUCUGGAAAUCACACAUUGAAACAAGCUCUGCCAACCUUCUGGUAUUUUUGGAAAAACGUGGGUUCUCUCUCCUAACAAGGAUAGAUCCAAGAUAUGGAUCUACACGGCUAUGCUAAGACCUAUUAUAACCUAUGCAUCAGUGGUCUGGAUGAAUAGACUCCCUCUCGUGGGAGUCAGGAGGACCUUAUCGAGACUACAACGCAUUGUGGCCAUCUGUUGCGUCGGAGCUUUUCCGACUACUUCAGACCCGGCAUUAAAUGCUCUGAUUAGUCCACCACCACUUGAUGUUUUCAUCCAAGGAGAGGCCUAGAAGGUCAUCUGCAGGCUGAAACAAAAUGGGAACUGGACGGCCUCUGUACGGCAUUGGAGAACAGAGAAGGCAUGGACUUCGAACCAACGAUCCUCGCCAUGCCCCUUAACUCCAUGUCAUCCAAAGUCGUGCUGGACAAGAGGCAGAUCUAUAUGUGUCUGCAGCGACAUCAAAGCUGCGCUCAUGACCUUAGACAGCACCAACCACUUCAAGGGUAAUCAAGUCCUGUAAAUCCAGGUUGAACUAUGUCGGUAGACAUAAUAGCCUGAUGCUUACAUGGGUGCCGGGACACGUGGGUAACGAGACCUCUGACACAUUAGCUAGAAGCUCUGACGAGCCAAAGAAGUUAGCCUCUGAGCCCGUUCUGCCACUGCCUUCUGUAGCCAUCAAAGCCACGGUUAGCAAAUGGUUUACUACAUUCCACAAGCGAGCUUGGUAGGCUGAGAGAGUCCGAUGUCCAAACGACUCUCGCAAAUCUUUCUGUCAUUAGGCAGAAGGGACUGCAGACAGCUGGUUGGCCUGAUGACGGGCCCUUUCUGUGGGCGAACUCCAUGGAAAAGGUAGGCAUCUCAGACCGUGCACUCUGCCUAGCUUGUGAAGAGGAGGAUGGGACGGCGGACCACUUUCUGUGCAUCUGCCCCGCCUUCGUUCGAAUCAGGUUUGAGGUUUUCGGCAGUGAUGUGUUAAGAAGCGCCCACCUUGGCUCCUUGGCACCACAAGAUCUACUCAGACUUCUUCGGAGAUCGGGUAGAUUUAAAGAUAAUUAAAAGGGAAUCACCAUGGGCUUAAUAGUGUCUGAAAGCUGUACUUCCUAGUUGUCCCGACAAAAAAGGGGGAACAAACUAGCUAUUCUUUAGUUAUAGCCUCUUCAUUAAUUUCACUUCACAAACCUUUAGAUAUAUUGGGCUGGGCAGAGAUCUUUUUUAGCUUUUGAUAAAACGAAAUUGGCUUAUCGGCAUGAGAAAGGUAGCUGAAAUAUAAGAGGUUAGUUGAGAAAUAAAUAGAGAUAAGAAAUAAAUAAUAUUAAAUUAUUGAAUUUCCCUGGUUUCAUAAAGUCAAGUUAUUGUUAUUGUUGUUAUUUUAGUAGCAUAAACAUUCCUCAAACAUGUACAGGGGAUGCUGCUGGAGUGACAGUCCUUCGCCGUAUAUAAAUCCAGGACCAUUGUGGGAAAGAUACCUGCCUAGUUUUAUAAACUACGCAGUAAUAAGUUCCCGAGCUGUCACAUACCAAAGCGAAUCUACACGGUGCGCCAUCUUUUAUGUCGGUAUGAAAACAUUGAAUAACUUUGAAAAAAAAAAAACUGAUUUGUGUAAGUGAGGUAUUUUUAUUUGGUUUGGUUAUUUCCAAUUUAUUAAAACUAUUUUUUGAAUACAAUAUCAAUCAAGUAGCCACCUUCAUUAGCAAUCACAAACUGCGAUAUUUUUCCUGCGUUUGUCAUCACCUUGUCAGGCAAUUCGGGUUUUAUAGCGUCGAUUUCAGUUGUUUCGGUGUAAAGCGAUCCAAGGUUGAAAUUGCAAACGGCAAAAAAAGUAAAAUUAGUAGCAAAAGCCAAGGCGAAUCUAUCAGAGGUGUUAUCGGUAAAUCAGCUGGUUUGAUUUUUUCCUUUCGCCGUGUCCAUGUGACUGUCAGCCCGGAGUGAAACAAGGCGAAUUCAUUCUUUGUUUUCGAGUUUGCCAAUACUUUUCGUUGACAAUCAAACGUACAAAACAUUGUUGUUGAUCUAGUGUCACCACCUUUAAUGAAUGCGCCUAGGCAAAAGCCUCUAUUUCUAGUGCCAUGGUUCAGUGGUUAAAAAUAUUUCAUAAUAAUUACAACUAAAGCUGUGUUUUCAGAAAAGGUGAUCAAAUUACACAAAACAACCAGCAGUCAGCAAAAAACAAAAAAUCAAAAAACGGAAAUUAGUGGGAGAAUCGAGAUUGUACUAUUGACAACUCAUAGCACUUCAUGGACGCACGCUGAUUGAUCUGGCCAGACCUAAUGAUUAAUCAACAAAAGGUGUAACAAAAAAAAAUCGUACAAUCAACAUAACUGAAAUUGGAAGUGAAGUAAAUGUUUAAGAAAAAAAAAA